GGACCUGCGGGUGGGCGGCCCCGGCCCCGGCCCCGGCCCCGGCCCCGCGCGAGAGGUGUGUGUGGCUGCACCGUGUGCCGGCUGUUGACACAUGUGGACCAACACUGACGUCCUAUUUCAGCAAUGUUGCUUUGACUCCCUCCUGUAUUCAGAAGCAUCGAGAGAGAUUUCAUACCUAAGGAGUCCUCGAUGUAUUCACUUACUGUUAUUUAAGGAGCCUCUACUAGGUGUUUCUGGGUUACUUUUCUGAACAAACAGAAAGACGCGGUAUUCAAGAUGCUUAUAAAAGAAUAUCGUAUUCCUCUUCCUAUGAGUGUGGAAGAAUAUCGGAUUGCCCAGCUGUACAUGAUACAGAAAAAAAGCAGAGAGGAGACAAGUGGAGAAGGCAGUGGAGUGGAGAUCCUGGAGAACAGACCGUAUAUGGAUGGUCCAGGUGGCAAUGGGCAGUAUACACAUAAAGUAUAUCAUAUUGGUAUGCACAUACCCAGUUGGUUCCGGUCUAUCCUGCCAAAGGCAGCAUUAAGGGUUGAAGAAGAGUCCUGGAAUGCAUAUCCUUACACAAGGACAAGGUACACGUGUCCUUUUGUGGAGAAGUUCUCAAUUGAUAUUGAAACAUACUACAAAGCGGAUCCAGGAGAGCAUUUCAAUGUGUUCAACCUUUCUCCUGCAGAAAAAAGACAGACAACUCUUGAUCCUAUUGAUAUUGUUAAAGACCCUAUCCCUACACAUGAAUACAAGGCGGAAGAGGAUCCCAAGCUUUAUAAAUCUCUGAAGACGAGAAGAGGGCCACUCUCGGAAGACUGGAUUGAGGAGUACACGAACAACCCUGGGAAAUAUCCAAUCAUGUGUGCAUAUAAACUCUGUAAAGUAGAGUUCCGAUACUGGGGGAUGCAGUCCAAAAUUGAGAGGUUCAUCCACGACGUUGGCCUGCGGAAGGUGAUGGUCCGGGCACAUCGGCAGGCGUGGUGCUGGCAGGAUGAGUGGUAUGGGCUUACCAUUGAAGACAUCCGACAGCUCGAGAAGGAGGCGCAGCUGAUGCUGGCUAAGAAGAUGGCCCAGUUCUGCUUCAACGAAAAUGAGGCAGAGCAGCACAGCAGCAAGGACUCUCCAGGCGAGAAGGAUGCUGAAGCCAAGGCCCUUUCCUCCGCUGAUCAAGAGCAUGCCACGGAUAACGGUGAAGCUGUGUCAGGGAGAGGGCUAACUAAGCAGUGGUCCACGUCUUCCAAGUCCUCACGGUCUUCAAAAAGAGGAGCAAGCCCCUCACGCCAUAGUAUCUCCGAGUGGAGGAUGCAGAGCAUUGCCAGAGAUUCCGACGAUAGCUCAGAUGAUGAAUUCUUUGAUGCACAUGAGGAUUUGUCUGACAAUGAAGAACUGUUCCCAAAAGAAAUAACCAAAUGGAGUUCCAAUGAUCUGAUGGAUAAAAUUGAAACUCCUGAGUGCGAUGAUGUCCAGGAUGACUUGUAUCACGAACCAUCAGCAGAAUACCAUAUUGGCUCCAGCGUGGAAAGGCUGAGCAUAAUUGAAGAUGAAUCUGCACAGCCAUUAAUGCAGCCAAGCAAAAUCCAUGUCCUCAUCUUGGUACUCCAUGGGGGGAACAUCCUGGAUACAGGAAGUGGCGAUCAGAGUUCUAAACAAGGGGACGUCAAUACCAUCACAACAGUGUUUGACACGGUCAUGAGAGUGCAUUACCCAGCUGCUCUUGGACAUAUUGCUAUCAAGCUAGUCCCUUGCCCAGCCAUCUGCUCGGAGGCCUUUUCACUGGUGUCUAACCUCAGCCCUUACAGCUAUGAUGAAGGCUGCCUUUCCAAUAGUCAGGAUCACAUUCCUCUUGCUGCCCUUCCUCUGCUAGCCACAUCGUCCCCCCAGUAUCAGGAGGCGGUAGCCACAGUGAUUCUGAGAGCCAAUCAAGCUUACAGUGACUUCAUCAAAUCACAGGAAGGCACAUCGUUCACUGGACAGGUCUGCUUAGUAGGGGACUGCGUAGGAGGAAUCCUGGGGUUCGAUGCCUUAUGUUACAGCAAUCAGACUGUGUCUGAGAGCCAAAACAGCAGCCGGCGAGGAAGUGUGGUGAGCAUGCAGGACACCGACCUCUUGUCCCCUGGAAUAGCUGUGAACAACAGUUACUGUUCCACCAGCUCCAAUCUGGAAGCCAGCAGACACCUCAGCCGGAGCAACAUUGACAUUCCUCGCAGCAAUGGAGAGGAUCCAAAGCGGCAACUGCCACGAAAAAGGAGCGAUUCGUCAACCUACGAACUAGACACAAUAAAGCAACAUCAGGCAUUCCUAUCAAGUUUACAUUCUAGUGUGCUGAGAAAUGACCCGGGGUCCAGGAGGUCUAGCAGCUCCACAAUGCUGGACGGAGGAAACCUUGGGAAGUUUGAAUUUGAAAUCACUGAUUUUUUCCUGUUUGGGUCUCCCUUGGGCUUGGUCCUUGCUCUGAGGAAAACAGUCAUUCCGGCUCUUGACAUCUUUCAGCUCAGACCAGCCUGUCAGCAGGUCUAUAACCUGUUCCAUCCUGCAGACCCCUCUGCCUCUCGCUUAGAGCCUCUCCUGGAAAAGAAAUUCUACCUGUUGCCCCCCUUCAAUAUUCCACGCUACCAGAGGUUCCCGUUGGGUGACGGCAAUUCUGCUCUUUUGGUUGAGACAGUCCAGAACAGCCCCAUCCUCCUCAUGGAAAGCAGCCCAUUGGUUGCUCUCCAGCGCCAGGACAACUUCAUGGAAACCAGUAUCCCUGUUCCUGUUCUGAAUUGGCAAGAUGUUUCCAAUAAAAAUGCUGUUUUUGCUGAGUCAGAUGUUGUUCAGUCUCAUGGUGCCGUCUUCAUGGAAAACGCAUCCCUGUCCACCCCUAUUACAGCCCCUCAGUUCAGGGGUUUCCGGAGAGCCAGUGAGAUCAGCAUUGCCAGCCAGGUCUCAGGAAUGGCAGACAGUUACACUGCUUCCAACAUAGCCAACAAAACCAAAACUCAUCUUAACCAUUGCAAAGGUUUUAGCCUCCUGUCCCUCCUUGCCCUCCCUCACAAAUCCCCUACUCAGACCUCAUCCAAAAGGCGUAGACAGCUCAAACCCGAAAUGCCACAGAGUCCCUUAGGACGAAGGUUCGAGGGGCCGUCGAGUCAGGAUCCGGACUGUGCGCUACAGACCCCCGACCUGGAUCUCGCACAAGUUGCUGCCAAGUGGUGGGGAACAAAAAGAAUAGACUAUGCUCUGUACUGUCCUGACGCUCUGACAGCCUUUCCGACUGUCGCCUUACCCCACCUCUUCCAUGCCAGCUACUGGGAAUCCACAGAUGUCGUCUCCUUCCUGCUGAGACAGGUGAUGAGACACGAGAACUCGAGCAUCUUGGAGCUGGAUGGAAAGGAGGUCUCGGUGUUCACGCCAUCAAAGCCCAGGGAGAAGUGGCUGCGCAAGAGGACACACGUGAAACUCCGGAAUGUCACAGCCAACCACAGAAUAAAUGAUGCCAUUGUCAACGAAGAUGGGCCCCAGACCUUGACAGGAAGGUUCAUGUAUGGCCCUCUGGAUAUGGUCACGCUCACUGGGGAAAAGGUGGACAUUCAUAUCAUGACCCAGCCACCGUCCGGAGAGUGGAUUUAUUUUGACACCGAAAUCAGCAACAGCAGCGGCAGGAUUUCUUACGUUAUCCCUGAGAGCAAGCGUUUGGGGAUUGGCGUAUAUCCCAUCAAGAUGGUGGUCAGGGGGGACCACACAUUUGCAGACAGCUAUAUCACAGUUCUCCCCAGGGGGACGGAGUUUGUGGUCUUCAGCAUCGACGGCUCCUUUGCAGCCAGCGUGUCAAUAAUGGGCAGCGACCCUAAAGUCCGAGCGGGGGCAGUUGACGUAGUAAGGCACUGGCAAGACCUUGGCUACCUCAUUAUCUACGUCACAGGGCGACCUGACAUGCAGAAGCAAAGGGUGGUGGCGUGGUUAGCACAGCACAAUUUCCCCCACGGGAUAGUCUCGUUCUGCGAUGGGCUCGUCCAUGACCCGCUGCGGCACAAAGCCAACUUCCUGAAAUCCCUCAUUACGGACCUCCACAUGAAGAUCCACGCAGCAUAUGGAUCCACUAAGGACAUUUCCGUCUACAACUCCAUUAAUUUGCCCCCUACGCAUAUAUACAUCGUUGGCCGACCAACCAAGAAGCUACAGAGUCAGUGUCAGUUCAUUACGGAAGGGUACGCGGCCCACCUCGCCCAGCUGGAGUAUAACCACCGCUCCCGGCCGGCCAAGAACACCACCCGAAUGGCCCUGAGGAAAGGCAGCUUCGGUCUCCCCAGCCAGACAGAGUUUCUGCGCAAGAGGAACCAUCUGCUCCGCACCAUCUCCUCGCAGCCCGUGGGGGCGGGUGGGGCCGGCCACCGGCCCGAGCGCACGCAGAGCCAGUCGGACAGUGAUAAGGAGAGGGAGCGGGAGCGCAGCCAAAGAAGCAUGAGCAUCGCCACGGGGUGCUGGGGCCGGAGCGCGGUGAUCAAACUGGAACCUGGUGUUUUGGGUCAGAAGUAGGGCCAGAGGGAAGCGAGCAGCAGUCGGCCACGGCUGCCAGAGGAGGAAACAAAAGGAAGGAGGGACAAGGCCAGCGGUGUGGGCCAGAAGGGUAAAUAUGGUGCUACUCUCUAACAACCCGGUGUUUGGGGAGGAAACAAGGAUGUGUUUCCCACAUGGAACGUGCAGGCCUUAACGCGGGGCAUGGGGUUCGUGGGGCACCAGCCCGAGAAACCGUUUGACACUAGGGAUCUGAGGAGAAAAAGAAAACAGACAGCCUCCAGGUCAAGACCUCGUGCUCUCCUGCCUCCUCCUUUUAUCCAGGUUUAGUGACUGUAUAUAUGUGCCUCCUCACCUUCGUAGCCAUUGAUCAGAUACACGUGACUGAGUGCGAUCCUCAGUGCCGUGGGGGGCGGCAGGGGGCAGGCCCAGUGGAUCUUCUUGUGGUGGUGGUCCCGUUAUCUGCACUGAGAGACACAGCUGACUUGCAGCACUCCUGUUUUGUAAGCAUGCCGCUGCCAAGGCACAGACACGCGAGCAAGGGGCUUCUCCCGCAUUGGACGGAGCGGUCAAGCGCUUUACGCGUAUCGAGAGCUUAGAAUUUAUCCCCUUUCUAUCGAGGAGCACAUGCCUCGGCAAACCAUUAGUGGCACGUCUCAGCCUGUUGGGUGGACCAGUCUGUCAGCACAUUCGUGCUCAAGGAAGUGGGGUCCCUGGUUUUCAUUCUCUGCCUUUUUUUUUUUUUUAAAGACUCAUUUUGGAAGCUGAUGUAAUUUGUCACAUUGACCUAUUGCAAAAGAAUACAAGCUAUUUUAUUUUAGCUGUUAAAAACCUCAGCCACUUAAAUUACUGUAUAUUAAAUCCUCCAGAUAUUACUGCUGUGUAUGAUUUAAAAAAUGAACCACUAUCUAUUCACAAGGGACCGCAAAGGUGUGGCAGCUAGAUUGCACUGCAGUUCUUGUCAUCGCAAUGCAGGGCCCAAAUCUUUCAACCUGCCCCACCCCCGAGAGCUUUCUUUUUUCCAGGUUCUCCCCAAGUCCAGCAGCAGCUUUCCUGGGAAUUCAACUCGCUUCUUCUAAUGGUAGUUAUUCAACUGUAAAACCUCAUUGUUUUUGCACUGAUAAUUUUUAGAAUGGAGACUUGUUACCAUCUCAAGUAGCUACACCUAGCUGUUUGUAGUGCAUGACAAUUAAGUAUAGCUAAGCCAGGGUGUAAAUAUACCUAGAAUUUUUUGUGCAGAAGUUUUUCAGCAGUAAGGAGACUGGAAGGAAGUGUGCCAGCAGAGUCGUACAAGCGAAGGAAAAGGCCAUAUCUUAAUUUUCCCAGCUCUGCAGUUGGCGAGUGUGCUGAGCUAACGCCGCCCUAAACUCCCAUCUUGGUGUGUCUCGUGCUGAGUACAAGGCAAGGGGCUGGGAGUGCUGCAGAGGUGGCAGUUGCAGGCUGCAGGGCAGCGCGUUGGGUUGCUUCCCAGCACCCCCUAGCGACUGCCGCAGAAAAGGAGCCGGAAGGUACAGAACAAGGGAGCGUCAUUUAACAGCCUAGCAUGGAGUGUCCUGAAAGCCCUGCGAGCCCUGCCUCUCCUUGGUCAGACAGCCAUGAUCCUGGAUUUCCAGCCUUGGUGAAGGACGCUGGCUCCUUCGUGCACACACCAGCCAAGGAACAGGAAAACCCUUCUGAGGAAUCUGGGGUUCCCACGUAGAGGUCACCACAGGCUGAUUUCACGUGAAGAUUUUAUAUUAGUUCUGGGUUUGUUGGCUAAGUGCCCGCCCCGCUUCCCUCGGCCACAGUGCUCUGUGUUUGUAUCGCUUUCUACUUAGGAGAACCGUACCGAGAACAAGAUUUUUUUAGACUGGCUGCUUCACUUUCUUAACUCUUUCAAUCCUACGUGCAUCACUCCUGCACCGAGACGCACAGCACUGUGAACACUGCUCUGCUUACUGGCUCGGAGCCCGGUCGGCAAACACAACUCAUGCAAACAUCCCAAAUUGAUCCCAUGACUUCUGAGACCUCAAGUUUCAGGACUGAUUUAGAGUCCGUGCUUGGUCCACAUGGUGGUGGAGUAAGAGCAGCUCUUCACUACUGAGAACAUCCGUGUGGAGGGAGCUUUGAAAAAAAGAAAACCCACCACAAACACAGUGCAUCUUUCUCACAUGUAGGUAGCCUGACUAGUCUGAAGCCACUCAUGUUUGAUAAGUACUGUGCUACAGAACAUACCUACUGAUUUUUACUACUGAAAAACUGACUUCCCUUUCUCGUGACUCAGCCUAGCUACCUUGAAUGUACAUCCAAAGCUACUGGAUUU